CUGCCAUCUCACAGUUUCUCAUCAGAUGAAAUCGCCCUCUAUGACCGCCAGAUCCGCCUCUGGGGCAUGGCCGCGCAGGCCAAGAUCCAAAACGCAAACAUCCUCCUCAUCACCAUCAGAGCCCUGGCCAACGAGAUCGCAAAGAACCUCGUCCUCGCCGGCGUCGGCUCCCUCACCGUCCUCGACAGCGCCAUCGUCACCGAGGCCGACCUGGGCGCGCAGUUCCUCCUCUCCGAAGUGGAAUCCCCCCUGGGCCAGAACCGCGCCGAGGCCGCCAGCGUGGCCCUGCGCAAGCUGAAUCCGCGCGUCCAGGUCAUUGUCGACUCCGAGGGCGUCAAGUCCAAGGGCCCGAGCUACUUUGCCAACUUUGACAUUGUCAUUGCUACCGAUCUGGAUCCGGAUUCGUUCAAUCUCAUCAAUACGGCCACGCGCAUCAACGGCAAGGCCUUUUACGCCGCGGGCACUCACGGCAUGUACGGCUUCAUAUUCAGCGAUCUGAUAGAGCACGACUACGUCAUUGAGCGCGAUCUGGGAAACGUCGCCACCCAGCUCAAGCAAGAGACGCGCACACGCUCCAUCGUCGACGUCAAGACCAAAAAGGAAGGCCCCAAGGUCAUCGAAUCCGUCACCAAGCGAGAGCUCUACUCGACCUGGUUUCUCGCCAGUGACGUUGCCAGCCUGCCGGAAGAGUACACAAAGUCCAAGCGCCGCCUAAAGAGCGUCUCCCCGACGCUGUCCUGCCUGCGCGCCCUGUGGGAGUUCAUGCAGAUCCAGGGCGGCCGCCUGCCCAGCAAUCGCGAAGACCUUAAGCUGUUCACCCAGAUUGCCACGCAGAAGCACAAGGCCCUGAGCCUCCCUAGCGAGACGCUCAGGCCGGAAUUCCUCCGCAGCUUCCUGCAGAACCUAGGCAGCGAGAUUGCCCCCGUCACGGCCAUUCUGGGAGGCCAGCUGGCGCAGGAUGUCAUCAACGUCCUCGGCCAGAAGCAGCAGCCCAUUCAAAACAUGGUCAUCUUUGACGGCACCACCAUGGAGGCGCUCAUGUAU